AUGAAAAGAUUCACCUGGACUUCCUGAAGAGUGACCAUCCUGCUGUGGCUCGCAUGCGCGUGGACUCAGACAAUGCAUACAUUGGUGUCACCUACAAAAAUGAGGAAGACAAGCUGAAGGACUGGGAGGGUGGCCUGGAUGAGCAGAGACUGAGUGCAGACAGCGGCUACAUCAUCCCCCUGCCCGACAUCGACCCUGUUCCUGAGGAGGAAGACUUGGGCAAGAGGAACAGGCACAGCUCGCAGACCUCUGAAGAGAGUGCCAUCGAGACAGGUUCCAGCAGUUCCACCUUCAUCAAGAGAGAAGACGAGACCAUUGAGGACAUCGACAUGAUGGAUGACAUUGGCAUAGACUCCUCAGACCUGGUGGAGGACAGCUUCCUGUAACUGGCAGAUUCAAGGGAUACCUUCCACUCCUGUAGCUGCCUUUGGUUCCCUUUAAGAAAACCACUUUAUUGCAAUGCAGAGGUUAAGAGGAGGACUUGGAUUAUGUGGAGAGAGAAGUUCCCAGCCAAGGGCUUCAGGGAACUUUCUAAAUAUGAAUAAACGGGAUAUUUUGAAGUGGACUUUUCCAGCAUUGUCUCUUGCAAUGCUUCAGUAGCAUCUCAGUGGUGUGUGAAGUUUGGAGUAGAUGGACAAGGAAAUAUUGGGCCACGGAAGACGAACUUUGUGUUUCAAGGGUAUUGGUGAGAUUCUGACGUACACAAUUUGUACUGCAACAAAACUCCGGCAUUGUAAUUAUGUAAAUAACUCUAACCAAGUAUGUGUUUAGAUUUGUAUUAACUAUCUUCUCUGGACUUCUGAAGAGACCACUCAGUCCAUCCAUGUACUUCCGUCUUGAAACCUGGUAUCAGCUGCUGUCAAACUUUCUUAUGAAGUGCAUGCAAAACCACUUUUGAACCUUAAAAGAUACUGGUACUAUUAGCAUCUUUUUUUUUUUU